GUACCUUCCCCUUCUUCCACUGGUCCACUCUCUCUCUCUCUCUCUCUCUCUCUCUCUCUAGCCCUAAUCCGGCGGUCUCUCCCUCUUGUAAUGGCUCGCCGAGCCGCAACCCUCCCCAUCCUCCGACGCCUCGCUGACACCGCCGCCUCCGUUCGCUUGUCCCCUCUGCUCCCUAAGCCCGAUGUCCCGAACGCCCGUUCCGUCACCUACAUGCCCCGUCCCGGAGACGGCGCCCCGCGCGCCGUCACCCUCAUCCCCGGCGACGGGAUCGGCCCCAUGGUCACAGGCGCCGUCGAGCAGGUCAUGUCGGCGAUGCACGCGCCGGUUUACUUCGAGAAGUAUGAUGUGCACGGGGACAUGAAGCGGGUCCCUGAGGAGGUGAUCGAGUCCAUAAAGAAGAACAAGGUGUGCCUGAAGGGAGGGCUGAAGACUCCGGUCGGUGGUGGUGUGAGCUCGCUCAACGUCCAGCUGAGGAAGGAGCUCGAUCUCUACGCCUCGCUCGUGAACUGCUUCAACUUACCCGGGCUGCCCACCCGCCACGAGGGCGUGGACAUCGUCGUGAUUCGGGAGAACACCGAGGGAGAGUACUCGGGGCUGGAGCACGAGGUGGUCCCCGGUGUCGUCGAGAGCCUUAAGUUCUGCUCGGAGCGGAUCGCGAAGUACGCAUUUGAGUAUGCAUACCUCAACAACAGAAAGAAGGUCACCGCCGUGCACAAGGCCAACAUCAUGAAACUCGCCGACGGCUUGUUCUUGGAGUCUUGUCGAGAGGUCGCGACCAAAUACCCGAGCAUAAAGUACAACGAGAUAAUAGUCGACAACUGCUGCAUGCAGCUUGUCUCAAAGCCUGAGCAGUUUGAUGUUAUGGUUACCCCAAAUCUUUAUGGCAACUUAGUAGCCAAUACGGCAGCUGGUAUUGCAGGUGGCACUGGUGUUAUGCCAGGAGGCAAUGUUGGGGCAGAUCAUGCAGUUUUCGAGCAAGGAGCUUCAGCAGGCAACGUCGGGAAUGAGAAGAUACUCGAUCAAAAGAAGGCAAACCCAGUAGCCUUGCUUCUCUCUUCAGCAAUGAUGCUGAGGCACCUGCAGUUUCCUUCAUUCGCUGAUCGGCUCGAGACUGCAGUUAAGCGGAUCAUCAUGGAAGGAAAGGUUCGAACAAAGGACCUCGGCGGUGACAGCACAACCCAAGAGGUAGUCGACGCCGUUAUCAGUAACUUGGAUUGAUAUUCAAUUGUUACGAACUUGCUCCAAUCAUAGAUUGUUCCAUGAUGUUCUUGUAACUUCGAUAUAAUUUUUUGGGGUGAUCCUGGUGUAUUCUUGUUAUGGAGCCGGUUAUCGAUUCCAGAAUAAGUUUGGAUCAAGGUUCUAACUUCGCUGUAGUCAUGAAGAGCCUACAAUAAUGGUAAGAAAAUUUUCACUUCAGCUUACAAGUCUCUUUGACACUCAGAGCCCUAUUCAAUGAGCAUGGUCCUGCAAUAUAUAAUUAAUCAGAUAUUUUUUUUA